AUGGGAGUGGUGUCGAUGGGGAGUUCAGUUUCUGUGUUGUCGGAUGCUAAAAGUAGAUUAUGCUUAUGCAGUUUCUUCAUCAUGGCCUCUUUCAUUCUUGGUGUCUGCUUCAUUGGAAGUGCAUGGUUGGCAAGAAAUUCUUUCGUGGUAUCCUCGAUGGUGGACAUAGAACUGAACGAUGAAAAAGAGAUUUCGCAGUUGAACAAAUGCAAAGAGAACUGCAGGCCUUUCGGUAGUGAAUCUUUGCCGAAAGGAAUAGUUUCCCCAACAUCUAACUUGGAAAUGCGCCCGUUGUGGGGUCCUGUUUCGGAAAAUUACGAACAAAAGGGUUCAACCAAUCUCUUGGCCAUUGUAAUUGGGAUAAAGCAAAAAGAAUCGGUGAACAAAAUUGUUAGUAAGUUCUUAGCAAAUGGUUUUGUCGUGAUGGCUUUCCAUUAUGAUGGUGUCGUUGAUGAAUGGAAAGAUUUUGGAUGGCACAAUAAAGUCAUUCAUGUAUCGGCCCCAAGCCAAACAAAAAUGUGGUUUGCCAAACGGUUUCUACAUCCAGAUAUUGUUUCUGAAUACGACUACAUUUUUCUGUGGGACGAGGAUCUUGGUAAUGACUUGAUCCAUGGUUGGGGUCUGGAUAUGCAGCUUGGUUAUUGUGCACAGGGCGAUCGAACAAUUAAAGUUGGUGUGGUCGAUGCAGAGUAUAUAGUUCAUAUGGCUCUUCCCACACUUGUUGGACCUUCAGAUGCGAAACCUUCAAAAUCAAAUAAUCCGUCUUCACAAACAUCGGGAGCUUCAGGUCUGAACAAAUUGGACGCCAGAUUUGAGAUACGAAAACGAUCCUACAAUGAGAUGAACGUUUUCAAGAAUAGAUGGAAUAUGGCCGUUGCAGAGGAUGAAUGUUGGAUCGAUCCAUUUCAACAACCAGCUGAUCAGAUAAUGCAUUAG